AUGCAUGCUACCUUUAAUGUGGGAGAUCUUUCACCUUAUCUUGAUGAUGAUGGCCUUGAUGAAUUGAGGUCAAUUCCUUUCAAAGGGGGAGGGGAUGAUCCAUGCAUGGAACAUGAAAGCCCAAAAGGGGAAUUUGUUGAAAGAAUCAAUUUAGUGAUUGGAGAAGAAAUUAUUGAACACUCUAAACCUUUCUAUGCCACUGAUGGGGAAGACGACCAUGAAGAAGUUGAAGAAGAAAUAAAGUUUGAGGUUGGAAACAAAAUUGUUGAAACAAUUGUGAAAGAAAUCAAUUUUGUUGUUACAAACAAAAUUGUUGAAGAAUCCGAAGAGGUGGAGCAGGUUCUUGACCACGAAGAUGUGGUUGUGGUUAAGAAGGAUGAUGAUACUCGUCUUAUAACAAACCGUCUUUGUAAGAGCCUAGAAGAAGGUGUGACCAUCAAGUUCCAAGUUCCAAGCAGUUACGAGGGAGGGACUUCAUAA